AUGUCCUUCAUCAUGAUGCAUGGGGAUUUACUUGUUCAGGAUGUCUACCUCCAGGUCUCAUCCAUCGCGCGUAUGGUAGGCAUAUUGUUCCUAUUGAUAGCCACCACAGCUGCUGUCAGAGCAUGGCAAAAUUACAGGCGCACUUGGGUUGAUGCACCUACCAUGGGCCCAGGGAACAUCUUUGGAUCCUACUUGUCUGCCCGACGCUAUCUCACCAACAGUAUGCGCAUUGUCCAAGAGGGCUAUCAUCAACACAAAGGCCACAUCUUCAAAGUUGCGGAAUCGGACCGUUGGACAGUUUUUGCAUCGGGGCCACGGCUUGUCGAAGAGGUUAUGAAAGCUCCUGACAGCCUCAUGAAUGGAGAGGCUGCAGCUAAAGAUUUGUUCCAGGCAGAGUGGACCUUUGGGGGUGAUAUUGUCGCAAAUCCAUACCAUAUCAACUACAUCAGGACGCAUCUCACACAUAAUUUGUCUGAACUUUUUCCAGAUAUGUUUGAUGAAGUAAAGACAGUACUCGCCGAGAAGCUGCCUACUGAUACCGAUGAGUGGGUCCCUAUCAGAGCCGCUGAUGUCUUCACAUACACAAUCAAUCGUAUGCUCAACCGUGUCUUUGUUGGUCUACCUCUCUGUCACGACGAGGAAUAUCUAGCUCUUAUGAGAGUAUUUGCCACCAAUGUCAUCAAGGACGCUGCUGUUGUUCGAGUGUUUCUGAAGUUCCUGAAACCUUUAGCUUCUGUUUUCCUGACCAACAUUCGUUCCACGUUGAGAACUGCCUUAAAAUACUUGGGACCGAUUAUUGAUGAACGCCGUCAAGUGGUCAAAGACAUGGACAGUGAUCCAAAACAGAUCACCCUCGUCGACUGGUUUUUAUCCCAGGGAAUAGAAACAGACACCGAGAAGCUGGCCAUGCGAAUUGCGUUUGUGAACUUUGUUUCGCUCGGGACUACAUCGAUGAGCUUCAUGAACGUCCUCUUUGACCUCUGUGCAGCUCCACAAUUUUCCGAACCAAUACGCCAGGAAGUCCAAACAGUGGUCCAACGAGAGGGCUGGUCAAAGACGGCGCUGCAAAAAUGUCUUAAAUUGGAUAGUCUUUUGAAGGAGUCGGUCCGACUUAGUAUCGGUGGAGGCAAGUCCGCAUGA